AAAAGGCACAGCAGAUAGAGAGCCACCGUUGACGGUGGAAUUCAGCGACGCGCCGCCGUUGCUAUUGGAGACUGAUUUAUUUCAGUGAGUUUGGUUACAUGAGAGAAGGAAGAAGAAGAAUAAGAAGAAGCACAUGGACAGAACCAGAGAAUCAAGAAGAUCAUCGAUGGCGUCCUCCACCAAUGGAUUACCCAGACGGAGACAUCGAACUAUUGCUCUCAGAGAAUCUUCUGAGGAAGGGACGGUGGAGUUGAGGGAAGCUCCGAGUAAGAGGGGAAGGAAUCGAGAUAGGGAUUCGUCGAACAGGAGCAAGAGGAGGAGAGGCUCUCACUCUCACAGGGACGAAGGCGAACAAAGCACCGAAGAUGAAAGCAUCGGAAAUGAACUAGACGACGGCGUUCAAGACGCGGGGAUUUCUAGGUUCCUUUCCCCCUAUACGACGCCGUCCACCUCCGAUCAUAACCAUCGCCGGAACUUUACGCCGGCGAGACCGCCGCCGUUGAAGAUAACCGACGAUAUGAUCGGCGUGGCUGUGCCCCGGAAGGCUCGUUCAGCUUCUGUAAAAAGAUCGCACGAAAGUUGGGUCUCUGCGAGCGGCGGUGGCGGUGGCAAGGAGGAGCAGAAUCUCCGGCAGCGGUCGAAUUCCCCGGGAAGUCAGAGUGUCGAACCGACCUCGCCGCCUUUGAAUUUUUCUGUUCCGAAGAAGAUGAAAGCGAUUGGAGCUGUUCCUGAGACAUUGAAAUCGGCUUCAUCAGACGUGGAGAUUGAGAUAGCUGAGCUUCUGUUCGGUUUGAGGACUUCCAGGAACUACGAGUCUUCGUCGGAAAACCUUGACGCAAGCGUCAAUCACCACACCUCAGUGUCUAAGGAUGUUGAGAAGAAGAAAAUGGAAGACUACAAUAAUUCAACACAAGAGUUGGUCAGAACUCAGAGUGAUCAACCUGCAAAUGUGGAUUGUCAUGAUGUUAAGACUAAUGGUCAUGAAAAUGGAUCAUCAGAGGCUCCUAUGGAGGACAAUGGGAGAGACAAAGUGAAUUCAGGUGCUGGAUUUGAUGGUGCUACAGCAGAUGGAAGAUCCGUCUCCCCUGCAGGGGAAUCACCUUCACGCUCCAAAUUGGAUGCUGAUAAACAGGAUUCAGCUUCUGCCAGAGUGGUGUCUGCUGUUCCGGAGUCCAACAUCCAGCGAGUAGGCAUGUUUGAGAUAGAUCUGAUGGCUCCUCCUCCUAUGGUGUUGUCCCCAGAAGGAGAUGACUUGUCAAAGGGUGAUUUCACAUCAGAAACUAAAGCUUUGGCACUGGAUGUGGAAAUGAGGGAAGAUAGUAUCAAGGUGGAAAGACCAAUUAAGAAAGAGAAAAUUCUGGAAGAGAUUGAAGAGGUGAAGACGGUCACGUUUAAGGAAAAGUUGGAUGUGCUAAAACAUGAUUUGGAGAAGCCAAACAAUGACAAUGACACAAGGACAAACAAUAAAUUAGAAAAGCAGGAUAGGAAUAAGGAACAACCUACUAAAUCGUUGAAUCCCAAAGUGGAAAAAAUGGGUCAAUCUAGUUCAGCAGUGCCUUUAUCAACAGCUGUAUCAGGACGGCCAAGCUGUCUCUCUCCUAUUGGAUACACACCGCCCUUGCAGACAGUUGUAAAGGUGGAAAAAACCACAGGGUCAUCGACAACUCCACAGCAUGUGAAUUUUGUUCUCUCUCAACCACAACGAAAGAGAUGUGCAACUCAUCAUUACAUUGCUCGUAACAUCUUACAUCGUCAGUUUACAAAGAUGAACUCCCUUCCAUCAGCAGCUAUUAGCUCUGAUUCUCCGUGCACAAAACCCAACAAUGUCAACUUUGUGCCAUCUGCAGAAAAUACGGUCAUUAGGAAGCAACCUCAGGAACACUUGCCAAGUGUAAACCAAAAUGCUGCACAAGAGAAAGGUUGGGCUGCCACAAGCGAUACUAGUCUUACAGCACUGAAAAGUUCUAAUAAUGCCAACCGAGUGGAUUCAACACACCGGAUGCAGCUUGUGCUUCAGCAAGGUCCACGUCCUGGGUCAACUGGUAAUCUAGUGCAUGGUCCUGCUUUCCUAUUCCCUCCGGACCAGCAUCAAGCAUCAGUAGCAGGAGCUACUAAUCAGGCAGGAGGUUUGAAUCCCCCCGGCAGUGCUUCCUCAUAUAGUAAGUCCCAUAGUUCAUUUGCUGGAUCUCUUGGUAACUCCUCAACUUUGCCAGCAGUUGCUGCUGCAAUGAGCUUUAGCUACCCAAAUUUUUCAGCCAACGAUUCUCCGUAUGUGACAGUAAUUCAGAAUAAUGGGUAUUCAUACCCCUUUUCAACUUCUCUUGGAGCAACUGCUGCAAUCAGAGGUGCAAGCCCUGCCCAAGCAACACAUAUAUUUAGUGGGCCUUUUUACUCUUCUCAAAUGUUCCAUCCUCUUCAACAUUCACAACAACACCCUCACUCACAAGCAUUGGUUCAACCAAGUUAUCUUAAUCCAAGCACAUCAAGUAGCUCAUCAUCCAUUAAGCAGUCACAGGGUGCGCAAGUUAAUGGCAAUAAUAUUUUGACCUCUACAACUAUGGAACAACAGUCACAAAAGCGACAGACUUCGGGGUCUCACCCUCGCAAGCAUGAAACUGAGAUGGGUGGAGAGAAUGCACCAUCUGUUGCUAAUCGAACAACUUACCCGCAAAAGAAUGUGCAUGGGCAGAACUUCACAAUUCCAGUUCAGCCGGUAAACUUUUCUUUCAGGCCAUCUGCAACAUCAGAGAUUAUUGGUGGCAACGGUGGAAAUUUGGGUGACAAACAGCAACAGCAACAGGCUUUAAAGGGUGGAGUUGAGAUUAUGCCAUCUCAAGCAUUUGCAAUAUCAUUUGCUGGAUUUAAUGGGACCAGCGUUCCUUCAAACCUUAAUUUCUCAUCCAUGGCACAGAACCCAGUGAUACUUCACAGCCUGCCUGAUAUUGCAUGGCAAGGAUAUCAAGCUACGAGUAUACCUCAUACUACUCAGAAGAAGACUUAUCCAAUUACUGAAGGGAAGAGUGGAGGAAACUCUUCCCACCAAGACGAUGAAAAGAAAACCACUCACGGGAAGUCAUCAACCAAUGGGCCAACCACCCUUGUUUUUGAUAAUUCGUCAAAGAAUCUUAACUUUGGGCUAUCUCCUACGAAUGGAAACUGGCCUAGUCGCUCAAUUGCUUCAACUGUGAUAACAAGUGUGCCUCUUUCCAGUAAUGCUUCAAGUUCCCAACAGCCAUCUCAGUUGCUUCAGCUUCAGAAGCAGCAUGGAAUGCAACAGCAGCAACCUGCUAUGGCUACUCGAUAUAAAGCAUCAUCCACCAAUACUACUGCUGCUACAAAAUUUGCAAACAAUGCCCCUGUUUUCUCUCAAACUCCUUCUAACCAAGCUCCCCACUCUAAGACCUCGGGAAGAACCACAGAUUCUCAUGUCCAUCACACAACUAUUAUAACAUCUGAGACUCCCACCGUCAAAAAAUUUUCUCAGGAGCAAGGAAGAGUUUCACAGGGUCAUAUGCAAAUUUCUUUUGGGGGAAAUUACACAACGUCUCUACCACCCCAAGGGCAACAACUACUCAAUGACAACCGGCCUGUGAGUGCAACAGCUGCAGGAACUCCAUUUAGUGGGGGAAAGAAGCCAGAUUUGGAGGGAAGGAAAGUUAGUUUGUCAGUGAACACUUCACAGUUGCAACAAACUGAGAAUUCUUCUGCUGGGAGUGGCCAAAAAUCUUCCCCGGUUUGUGGGAGAAAUGUCCCAUCAAUCUUAAGCUCAUGCCCCAGCCACCUAUCUGAACUUAAGUAUUAGAAAUCAAAUUGUAUGAAAUUCUCUGCAAUUCCACUCCUAAUCUUUUAACAUCAGCAUAUAUUCUGGACAUAUAUUCUGGAGGUCCUUGCUGCUACUGCUUCAUGUUCAAGCUGCAAUUUAUGGGUUUGUUACCACCCGUGUGGCUACCCACCCACAUGCAUUUAGUUUGCAGGGUAAGAUUAAAGGCAAAAGUUUUGGUAGCUUAUAGCACAAUUGUGGAAGGUACGAAUGGUUGUGUGUCAUAGCAGCCGGGUGCUGGUGUUUUGCUUGCAGUUCUUUCCUGAGGUAGCAAUAGCCAAUAAUAUAUGAGAGGUCUUAAGACAAAGGAGUGGGGUGAUAAUGAAAGGAACUUGGAUCCAUUAGGCCUGCAAUUUUGAAAUAGUAGGGACUGCUAUCUUGUAAUAUUUCUUGGUUGGUUGGCUUCUGGAAGGCUUUUAUAUUCUCAUGGAGUCUGAUUAAUUUGACAUUUCAAAGCAAUUCGAUUAUGUGUAUAUAUAUAUUAUAAUUAUUAUUUUAUUUUUGCCUCCCAUAGCAAGAGAUGUACUUCAAUCCAAUUUUUAAUGAAAAA